AUGCUGCCCAGUGCUCAUACCAAUUUUACCUCCUCAGCGUCAGCUAGUACGGACAACUAUGAUGUGAUGGCAAUGAAUUAUCAGCCCCAGCAGGCGAGGGGGCGAGGCGACGCCAACAGAUACGCGCUCAAGUUCUACCGCGAAUCAGACCAGGAGGUCAGGAUGAAGAAGGAGGACGCUCUAAAGGAGGUCCGACCAGUAUCUGAGAAAGAGAUGGAGAUUGACCCAACAGACUUCUUUCCGGCGGAAAUAUCAUUCCCCAAAAGACCCGAAUGGAAUUUUAAUAUGACUCCGGCGCAGUUAGAUGCACAGGAGCAGAAAUAUUUUAGGGAGUACAUCGACAAGCUGCGAGAGUCGGAGCAUUGGAAGGAUAUGUCAUACUUCGAGCUCAACCUGGAGACCUGGCGGCAGCUGUGGAGAGUGCUGGAGAUGUGUGACAUUCUGCUGUUGAUUGUGGACGUUAGGUUCGCGGGUAUGAUGUUUCCACCCACCCUGUACGAGUAUGUAACCAAUAUCAACAAGAGCAUGAUCCUGGUCUUGAACAAGGUAGACCUGGUGCCAGCCAGCGUGGUGGCUGCGUGGAAGGAGUUCCUGCUGAAGAGAUGUCCAGAGCUGAAGGUGGUGUACUUCACCUCCUGUCCGGGGUACAACUUGGCUGGUUCACAGAGUGACAAAGCAGGUCUUCAGGUGCGUCGCCGCAAGGGCAGACAACGUAUGUGUACAGAGGGCGCCACUCAGAUACUGGAAGCUUGCAAGCAGAUCGUGAGCGGCGAGGUGGACCUCCAGUCCUGGGAGAAGAAGAUCAAGGACGAGACAGACGUGGAGUUUGAUGAUGACGAGACGGAGAUUGGUUUAACCAUUGUCCAGAAACCAGACACGUCAUACUUCUCCCACGAGAGGUACAAGAACGGUAUCCUGACCAUUGGCUGUGUGGGACAGCCGAACGUGGGGAAGUCUUCCCUUAUGAACGCCAUCAUGGGGAGGAAAGUGGUUUCUGUGUCGAAGACGCCCGGACACACCAAACACUUCCAAACUAUAUUCCUGACACCACAGGUUCGCCUCUGUGACUGUCCAGGGUUGGUGUUUCCAUCCAAAGUGCCAAGACCCAUACAAAUACUAAUGGGUUCUUAUCCCAUCGCGCAACUGAGAGAGCCCUAUACCACCAUCAGGUAUUUAGCGGAGAGGCUCAAUUUGCCCGCGCUGUUGCGUAUCGACCAUCCGGAGAACGACGAUACCUGGUCACCCCGGGAUAUCUGCGACGGGUGGGCCAAGAAGCGAGGCUUCCUCACUGCCAAAGCUGCUAGGUUGGACACAUACCGCGCGGCAAAUAGUAUACUGCGAAUGGCUUUGGAUGGCAGGAUAUGUCUGUGGCUCAGGCCCAUUGGAUUUACUCAGGACAGAGAGAAAUUCGAGAAAUGCGAUGAAGUAAAGUACGUGAAGUGGGUGCAAGCGAUGAGCAACGAGGAGGAGGUCGUGAGUUGGGUUCCCUCCUCCAACGAGAGUGACGCCAGCGAUGAGUCAGAGGGCAGCGGCAGCGACAGCGAAAGUGAGAGUGGAGGAGAGACCGCGAGAGUUGCCAACAAAUUUGCGGCUUUGAUGAGUGAUGAUUAGAUGCUAGGUGAUCACCUUGUUACUCUGAUAUAUGUUAACUACUUUUGUUACUCAAGUGAUUUUUCUCACUUCUGAUAUUAAAAAAUAAUUUCGUGCGUACAAAGUACACAAGUCUCACACCCGCAUUGUGCAUGUACCUCUAAACUGUAUAUGAAGUCCUACAUGUUGUUAAGAUGACACAUGAUUUCAAUCGCUAUGAAAGACAUUACUAUCACCGCUACCAUUAUUUAUGUUCUCCUGGUGUCCACGUAGUAAUACUUAUAAGGUAUACUCGCGUCAUACAUAUGACAAUCUCUUCUUCAACUAUGAUCGCCUGGUACCAAAACACUGUUUAAUCUCAUUUUCUCCCCACGGUAAAUCUUGUGAAUUUAUUUGUUUUGCUUUCUCUCUCUUCUGCUUUUUGUUUCAUCGAAUUUCAAAUCACAACGAUGCUACGAACUAUCGAAAGAAAUAUAAUAAAAAUGUGUGAUAUAACAGGGAUCGUAUUAUUACGGUACCGUUUAAAGUCGAUGGAUUUUAACUCACUUCGUAAAAUUGAAAUAGGAAGAUUAAA